CUCCCGCCUCCGUGCUCCCUGUCGAGUCUCCGUCGGCCGGGCGAGCGAGGUCGUGCCCCGGAAGUAAAGGGGCCAUGUUGAUGGGUGACCCCGAGAGAGGUACUGGGCGAGUUGCGAGUCCUGAGGAAAGGUAGCGCGUGGCCCGCGGCCCUCCGUUGUUUUUCUGCAUCUUUUGCAUCGCGGAAGACCCCCAGGGCCCAAAGGAAGCUGCUCUGCAAUUGAGAAAAAAAGGGGCAACGGUGGUUUGCCCAGGUUCGCUCUGGAAGUUAGCGAGAGUGUGACGCUUAGUCCUUGUCAGUCCCCCAUGGCCCCGUGGAGCCGAGAGGCGGUGCUGCGUCUGUACCGGGCUCUGCUGCGCCAAGGCCGAGAGCUUCGCUACACUGAUCGAGACUUCUACUUUGCUUCCAUCCGCCGAGAAUUCAGGAAAAAUCAGAAACUUGAGGAUCUGGAGGCUCGAGAGAAGCAGCUGGAGAAGGGCCUGGUCUUCCUCCAUAGCAAACUAGGAGGCCUUAUUUAGAAUCCUCUCUUUUCCCCUCCUACCCUAAUUCCAAGACGAGGACAAAGGUGCCUUCAGUAGAUACUCCUGGCUCCCCUACUCCACCUCACAGAUGCAUUAGGAAGCCUCAGGUGAGCAAUGGCAGGCGCUGGUGAGCGCAAAGGCAAGAAGGAUGACAAUGGCAUUGGAACGGCCAUUGAUUUUGUGCUCUCCAAUGCCCGGCUGGUCCUGGGCGUGGGUGGAGCAGCCAUGCUGGGCAUCGCCACAUUGGCAGUUAAGCGGAUGUACGACCGGGCAAUUAGUGCCCCUACCAGCCCCACCCGCCUAAGCCAUUCAGGAAAGAGGAGCUGGGAGGAACCAAACUGGAUGGGCUCUCCUCGACUAUUGAACAGGGACAUGAAGACAGGCCUGAGCCGGUCUCUGCAGACCCUUCCCACAGACUCUUCUGCCUUUGACACAGAUACAUUCUGCCCACCCCGGCCCAAACCUUUGGCCAGGAGGGGCCAGGUAGACUUGAAGAAGUCACGACUCCGCAUGUCCCUGCAGGAGAAACUUCUUUCUUACUACCGGAACCGUGCAGCCAUCCCUGCUGGAGAGCAGGCUCGAGCCAAGCAAGCCGCGGUGGACAUAUGUGCUGAGCUGCGGAGCUUCCUGCGGGCCAAGCUGCCUGACAUGCCACUCCGGGACAUGUACUUGAGUGGCAGCCUCUAUGACGAUCUGCAGGUGGUGACAGCUGACCAUAUCCAACUCAUUGUCCCCCUCGUGCUGGAGCAGAACCUGUGGUCGUGCAUACCUGGGGAGGACACCAUCAUGAAUAUCCCUGGUUUCUUCCUGGUCCGUCGUGAGAACCCAGAGUACUUUCCUCGUGGUAGCAGUUAUUGGGACCGCUGUGUUGUAGGUGGCUACCUCUCCCCAAAGACAGUGGCAGACACCUUUGAGAAGGUGGUGGCAGGCUCCAUCAACUGGCCAGCCAUAGGGUCCCUCUUAGACUAUGUGAUCCGACCAGCACCACCCCCAGAGGCCCUGACACUAGAAGUGCAGUAUGAGAGGGACAAACAUCUUGUCAUUGACUUCCUGCCAUCAGUGACCCUUGGUGACACUGUCUUGGUGGCCAGACCACACCGGUUAGCUCAGUAUGACAACCUGUGGCGGCUGAGCCUUCGUCCUGCCGAGACGGCACGCUUACGGGCUUUGGACCAGGCGGACUCCGGCUGCCGGUCUCUGUGCCUCAAGAUCCUCAAGGCCAUAUGCAAGUCCACUCCAGCUCUGGGCCACCUCACUGCCAGCCAGCUAACCAAUGUCAUCCUCCACUUGUCCCAGGAGGAGGCUGACUGGUCUCCAGACAUGUUGGCCGACCGCUUUCUACAGGCCCUGAGGGGACUCAUCAGCUACUUGGAGGCUGGAGUCUUGCCCAGUGCCCUGAACCCCAAGGUGAACCUAUUUGCAGAGCUCACCCCUCACGAGAUAGAUGAAUUGGGGUACACCCUCUACUGCUCGUUGUCCGAGCCGGAGGUGCUGCUGCAGACGUAGGCAGGUGAAGGCCCAGACUCUCUUAGAAACACUUGGCUACGUGGUUGGUGCCUCACAGGUCCCUAGGUGCCUCCUGUUUUGCUGGUAAUUGUCAGGGUCACUUCAUGCUGAUUAGAAUGACAUCCCUUCUGUUUUCCCACCCAUCCCUAUUUUUGUAACCAAACACUGUGCUCCUUGCCGCCUUACUCUAGGCUGAUUUUUUUUUUUUUUUUUUUUUUGAAACAAACAGAAGGUGUGGAGUGCUGGCCUCAGCCUUUGAGUGUUUUGUUUUUGGCCCAGAUUUCUUGCUUUUCUGUCUGCUAUGUUCUUUCUGUUCUGCCCCUUGGCCUUUUGUUCAAUGUCUUCUCUGUCUUUCUCUUGGUCACACCUGUUUGCUCUUGUCCCCAGAGCACAUUUGCCUAAUGAAAACGUUGCCUGUAGUUAAUGUCACAAAAGAGCAAUUGCAUGUUUCCAAGCUGAGCUCUGCAGCGGAAUGAGACAGUAUUUAGGUUUCUGGGGUGAGAUUGGCAAAGAACUUCUGCCCUGGCAAAUCAGUCUUUGACCCUGGUUCCAGGAAAACAAGGUCAUCUCCUCUCUCUACCUUAAGCAACUCCUGUUUAUCUGAGCUAAGAAUUUGAACCUGGGAAUGGUGCAUUGACCCACCCUGCAGGCGCCCGGUACAGCGGUUUUACUGGAGGCUUAUUGAGGUGCUUCUUCACGGCUAUCUGAGAGCACAAGGCUAGGCUUCUGAAGCUGAUUUGGAGAGCCUGUGUGUUCCCACUGUUUGUUUCUGUAUGUGGGCACCAAAGUCACACAGGGAAGGCCUGGGGACUUCACAGGGCACCUCUAAGAUGCUGGUUUCCCCAUAAUUGCUGGUGGAAGAUGGCCUUGCUUUAGCUACAGAGGCCAAGAGAAGGCAGAGUGUCAACUGAAACCCAGUGACCACAUUUACUUUCUUGACAGGCUUUACCUUUCUUAGGUGUUGCCUUAGUGCAAGAACAUACCCAGGCCAGUACCUCUCUCCUGAAGCCUAUCCUUCCUGACAUGAAAGAGUGUUUGCUGAGCACUAUAGGUACCCUGCAGUGCAGAGGGCACAUGAACACGCCAGCCCCGGUCCCUCACUUGGCUCCUCGGGAGAGUGGUGCUACCUAGGAAGAGAGUACAUAGAUAAGACACAGAAAAGAGUUGGGGCUUCCCAACUCUUGCCAUAAGAUUGCCACUUAUGACCAUGUAAUCAUAUCCUAUGGGUGGGGGAAGGGAGACUUUUAGUAUGUCACGUCAUGUGUCCUUUUUCUUCCGUUCACGACAAGAGGCUGACAGUAACUCUGGUUCUGAUUGCCCAUCUAGUAUUUUGUUCUCCCAUCAGGUCUUCUUUAUCUGUUCUUACUACCUCUCCAUCAGUGUGAUUCUGGUGAUGCACUCUCUGGCCGUGUUGGCCCUUCCUAAUGAGGGUGACACAAAAUGACUAUAAAUAGCACUGACCCUGCAGCAAUCCAUUUGAGUUAGGGCAGAGACACAUCCCUCUCCCCAUAGGUUAGGAGGUUGGGCCAAGCUAUAUUUAGCCUUUCUUCCUCUUUUCCCACAUGUGUGUAAAGAUUUCUUCAGGAGUUUCUCUUUGAUUUGUGUAUGAUAGUAUGAGAAACUUGAAAAAGAUAAAGCCAGAACCUUAACUGAAACAUGCCCUCCUGGUAGUUAAUAAAAAUGAAAUAGGAGCUGAAAGCAUCUAUUGCUAAGCUGAACUGAGUAGGCAGGGAAGGGCUGACAUGGACCAUCCAAGGUUCUAGGUGGCCUGUUGGAGGGAGAGUUGAUAGAGUCUGCAAAACAGUUAGAUAGGAUUUAGAUUUCCUGUCAUAAGUAUUAGGGUGACUCCUAAGCUGUCGUCUCUGAACUGAUUCCGUUCUGGAUGCCAGAACGAAUUACAAAUGAUCCCCAAAACUUGAAGAUGCUCAAGAUUCCAGAAGUCCUAAAUCACAGCCAUAUGUUACUGAAUUUAGGGAAAGCAAUGAAUUUAUUGUUUGCCAUUGUGAAUUUAGGAAAAGCAAUGAGUUUAUUUCCUGUCUUUAUGAACAGCUUUGACUUUCGACUGUGCUUUGUAAAACCAAAAUCAUGACUUGGUCAUCUUAUAAGCAAGAACCUCUUAGAAAUCCUCAGAACAAGGAAACGUGGGACCUGCUCUGUCCUGGUGGUUUGUGGAUUAGCUGGUGCGCCUUCUUUGCUGUCAUUCAUUGUCAUAAAUAUGGGAGGCAGCUACAUAAUCUGGGAUGCUUGGCUGGAAGAAAAGAUACCCUGCCCUGCUUCCCUCUAACACUUUGUUGAAAGACCCAGUCGGCCGUGCCACCACUCUGCCUUUCUCUCCAAUUACUCCCACUUUGCCUGGAGGAAAUGCCACUGUUAGGCCCUACUUCUAUCUGGGAGGUAUUUACUGCUCAUUACCCCGGUAACCACGUAAAUCCAGGUUUAUUUUGCUUCUUCUCUGUUGCUCUUUCCCAAAAACAGAAUUGAGGAUAGCAGUAUUUUUCUUUGUAUUAACAGUUGAGACUUAAGAAUAAAGAUAGAAAAACUGUCGAGUGGCCCAGCAUCUGGAGUUGACCCUGGCUGACUUUGCUCCACUGUAAUCCACUGAAGGGCCCGAAUGGCUAAGAUGAAUCAGCUUUAGGCUGGGGGUCCUGAGAGCAGGAUGCACCGUGUGUUCAGAGCCUUCUACCAAGGUACACUUCCUUGGGAUUUUGACUUGAUAAAACCAAGAACAUCUGCUACAACUGUAGAUUUUUUAGUAUAAAGCUCAAGGCCGAGGUAAAUGAUGAGGCACUUGGGAACAGAGUUGACCCUCGUACCAGGCUGGGCGGUUGUAAGCCUCUCAGACUAAGUGUCCAGAAUACCAGCAUGUAGAGUUCUAUAUUUAACUGCAGGUGGGAGUGAGGUGGGUGUCAACUUUUAUUUUGAUCACCUUGUAGUCUUUAAACCCUUGGUCUCAGGCCAGGUCCACAACUUGCCUUCCAGUCACUUGCCUGCCCUUCUCUGGUGGUCAUUGUGUUAAGCUGGUAGAAUGGAAUCAGUCACUAAUCUUUGUGUCCUAUCUUGACUGGGCCCAUAUAGGAGCAGCUUAGCUCUAAGGCCCAGAGAACUUUUAUUCCUUUUUGCUCCUUGAAGGAGAGGAAUUGAACUGGUGAAAACAGCGUCUUCUGCAGCAUGGGAAGAAGAAAAUAAAAAUCUCCUUUCCAACAA